AUGCCUCCCGCGCACGCAGCUGCCGCCGCCGCGGGCCCAAGCACCCCGCUCAAGCAGACCGCCGGCGCAGGACGCACGGCUCGCGGCGCCGAGCCUGCCCUCGCACCGCACCACAUGCCCGCGUCGCCGUCCGACGCGAGCCUGGCGGAGCUUGCCUGGCUCGGCGUGCACGACCGCUCCGUGGACGAGACGUGCGACAGCGAGGAUGCGGAGGGCACGGUCCGCUUGCCAGCGCCGGCGGGCGGCCGCACGCCGCUGAAGAACAUCUGGCCGAGGCAGACGCCGCAAGCCACGCCUCGCGGCCGCCCAAACGCUGCAGCAAAGGGCGCGGCACCAGCUGCAGCUACUCCCGCGUCGCUCUUGCCUCGCCGGACGCCGUCCCGCCGGACGAGCGCCGACAGCUCCGACGAGGAGGAGACCUGGAGCGACGCCAGCUCGCACAGCGCGGGCACCAUCGCGCGGCACUCGCGCUACGCCUCUGCCAUGAGCACGCUGCGGCUCGCGGGCGCCAGACGCCGGGCAGAGGCCGCCGCCCGCGCGGCCGCAGGUGAGGCGACCAUCCUCGUGGGUCCGGCGGGCGUCGACGUCGCCAGGUGGGUUCGCGCCGGCGGAGCGGCAACGCAGGCCGCCGCGCCGCCCAGCCUGCCGGACACGCGCCGUGCCAAGGCAACGUCUCGCGACGCCGAGGCCGGUGCCUCUCGCCAGCCUUCUCUACAGCAGCCGCUUCCGAGCCCGGCGCCGGCGCGCGUGGCAUCGCCGCCGCCCGCCGCCCCUGUCGCGCGCGAUGAACAACCUAGCCCGGCGCAAGGACUGCAAGACCACGGCGAGCAGGCGACUUCAGCGACCACGCCGCAUGCGCCGGAUCACAGCGCUGAGGACGACGUGGAGGCUGCGCUGGCAGAGCUGGACGCCGACAUGAUCGCCACGCUGCUGCGCGAAGUGGACGGAGAGGGGAGCGCCGAUCCUGCAGGCAAGGAAGCUCCGGAUCGCGCAGCAACAUCCACCUACGGAGGCGGCAUGCCAGACGAGACUGUGCGCUCGGACCUCGCCAUCGAUGCAGCCUCGCCCGCAGAUGCACUCGUGGCGCAGUACAACGCGGAUGACACGAGCCAGCAGCUGGUCGGCGGAAGUGACGUGCGCGAGGGCUACUCAGUGAGCGACGUGCAAGUUCCCGCCGCAUCUCCGAGCCGGCAGAGCCUCGGCGCGGCCGAUCGCGAUGAGCCGCAGCCAGAGCCGCAGCCAGAGGCUCGCCGCGUCGAGGAUACAUCGAAAGCCUCACAGCUCCGAGCUCCUGCACCGGGCGGCCGGUCGGCGCGUGCGCUCUACGACUUCGCUGGCGAGGCGACGUUCAACGAGCUGUCGCUCAAGGCCGGCCAGUGCUUUGAGAUCCUCGUGCCCGAGCUGCGCGGGGGCUGGAGCCUCGGGCGCGUCAUGCUGCCUCACGAGGGCGGAGGCCUGGUGGAGCGCCGAGGGCUGGUCCCGCUGGGUUGGUAUUGCUUCAUCCAGGACUUCGCCGCCGCACCGGGCGAUUCGUCGGAAGGCGCGCCCUCAGCUGAGGCAGAUGACCAGCUUUCAGUGCUUCGCGCUCCCGCGGCUCGUGACUCGACGGCCGUCCCGGCGUACGCCAAGGCGAUGCGUCCGCCGGACGAGGACGCCAAGCAGCGGCCAGCAAGCGGCGUCGGCGAGUUCCACCGCAAGGGCGCUGCGCCGGCGAUCAAGACGCUCGAGGCCCUGCACGGCAGCUACGACGCCGCGGACACGCGCGCUUCGCUUCUGUCACGGCACGCAGCGUCCGCACCGGCGUCCGACGGACUGGGCUCGGACCUCAUCGACCACCGUGUGCCCGUGUCGUCGUCGCCUCUGCUGUCCAGUCCUCCGACGCCGACGCUCGUGGUGGACGGCGCCCAGGACGGCUCGCCUGAUGGCGCCAGUGGGAGCACGGCACCGCCCGUCGCAGCGCCUGCGACCGGCUCGAGCUUCCUCAGUGCAUCGUGGCGCGGCGCCGGCCUGCUCGGCGGGCGCAGCUUCAAUCGUUUCUCGCCCUUUGUCGUCUCUGGGGCCGAGGCAUUCAUCCUCUCGCGGUCCGCCCCAGCACCACCGGGCCACGCUCGGGCGUCUGCCGUACGGUCUGCUGCCCCUGGCCAGCUCGACAAGAGCUCCGCCGAAGCAUCCGGCUCGCGACGUGGGGCCCGCCAUGUCGACGCAGAUCUGCCGCGUAUCAGCGACAGCUUGCACGGGCCGCAGUGGGAGCCCCGCGCGCCGCCGUACCACGUCGUCGUGCACAGCCCCGAGCCGCGCUGGGACGCGAACGGUGCCGAGUACACCGUCUACGCCGUCACCUCGCUCUUCGGCAACGCAGACACAGAUGCCGACUCGACGACAUGGCGGCCAUACGACCCAGCCGCUGCGCCGGUCAACCCGGACGAGACGCUGAGCGUGUGGCGCCGCUUCUCGCACUUCCACUGGCUGAGCAUGUACAUUGCACGCGCGCUGCCUCUCCUCUCGCUGUCGCUGCCGCCGCCGCCGGCCAAGGUGCUCGCUGGCCGCACGCGCCUCGAGCCCGACUUUGUCGAGACGCGCCGGCGCGAGCUUGGUGCGUGGCUCACGCGCGUGGCGCGCCAUCCCGUCUUGCGCACCGAGCCGGGCCUCGUGUUCUUCCUCGGCUGCGCGGACGAGCACACGUGGAAUGCGCGCGCGCCCGGCCUCCUUGCGCAGGCUGGCAAGGCCGGCGGCUACUCCUUCUUCGCGGCAACGUGCCACGACCAGUGGGCCUUUGACGCCUCGGAGGCGGAUGAGGCGGCGCAGCGUCUCGACGAGUUCAACGGCGCGUACGAGCGCAGCAUGGGCGGGCACCGGCACGGCCUGCUCGAGUCCUUUGCGGCCGGCCGGGAGGCCCUGGCAAAGACGUCUGGCGCGUAUCGCGCCGUCGGGCACGGUCUCUUGCGUCUCACAACCGGCUUCGGCGGCUCGCACGCGAGCGGCGCUGAUGCGUCAGCGUCUGCGGAAGACGAGGCGUACUUCGGGCCGGCGAUGGGCGGGCUUGGAGAGCGUGGACAGAGCGGUGCGACCAACGAGGACGGCGCGUGGUGCUGGAGGCCGGACUGCGCGGAAUGCCUCGCCGCCACGCGUGCUCUCCAGAGCACGGCGCAUGCCUUCGAGCACGUGGCGGAGGCCUACACCGACCACGCGCACCACACGCUGCUGGUGCAGCACGAGCGGCUGCGUGAUAUCAGCAAGCCGCAGGCCCAGAAUGCGGGCCUCAUGGACGUGCACCGGCAGGUGCUGUCGCGCCACCGCCAGGCAACUGGCGAGGAUGCAGCUCUGCCCGACAGCCGGGCGCCCGGCGCAGAGGCAGAGGCGCUCGCGGCGCGCUGCGAAACGGUUCUCAACGUCACGAUGAGCGAGAUGGACCGGGCGCACAACGAGCGGGUGGAAGACUGGAUCUCCAUUGGGCGCAGCAUGCUUGACGAUGAGAUCGCGCUGUACAGCGAGGUCCUGGCCCGCCUGCAAGCGGCACGCGCAUGCUACGAGCCUGGCGCGCUGGCGUCCAUGUCCACUCGCGGGCCGAUCCUGCCCGCAGUCUCGGCGGCGGCGCUGCGAGAUCCGCCGGUGCGCCCUCUGCCGCUCGUCGUGCCAGAUCGUGCAGUCCUGCAGCCAGGCGUCUUGAGCACGGCAUUCCGACCGGUGUCGCUCGCCGGCGAGGUCCUGGGUGGUCUGUUCGGCGCCGGCACAGCCUCAACUGAGCGCGCGCGCGCGUCUUCGUUGCAGCGGAGCCACAGCGCCAACGACGCCCCCGUCGGCGGUAGCGUGCUGGGCUUCUGGCGCUGA